UCAGCUUCACUAGAAGGUGGAGUACUUUCGAUAGGUUCUUCGUCACUACCUUCAUCAGAAUCUUCUUUUUUUCUUUUCUUUACUUUUUUGUCUCCUAUAUCAUCCUCCUAUAAUAAAAUCAUAUGUACCAGAAUAUAUUUUUAAAAAUAUUUAAUAAAUUUAAUAUAAAUGCUAUAAUGAAAUUACCACACUGCGUUUGUCUCCCUUUUUCUUUUCUUUAUUUUCGUCACUAUCUUCGUCUGAGACCUUUUUUUCCGAUUUCUAUAGGGAUAUUUUAAAACAGUAAUAUAAUAUUUAAGAAAGAUAAUAUAGCUAAUAAUAAUAUAAAUAUAAUUUUUAUUAUUUAUUAAUGUACCUUAUUAUCUUCAUCGCUGCUGCUUUCAUCAUCGCUGAUAUAUUCUUUGCUCUUAAAACUAGUUCCUGACAUAAGCUUACUGGGAGAUUCUUUUUUACUCUCCUUUUUCUUUUUUUCUCCUUUUUCUUUCUUCUCUUUAUCACCUCCUCCUCCUCCACCCCCGCCGUUAGCUUCGUAUUCUUUCAUUGACGUAAUAUACUCCUUUUUGGCUUUUGCUGCUUUUUGUUCCCAUUCCUAUAUAAUUAGUAUAUUAUUAAAUAAUUAUGAAAACACGUAAAAAUUAAUUUUUAUAAGAAAGAAUACACAAGUCUUACAGAUUUAUCUUUUAAUUCUCUCCACAUUUCACCUCCUUUUUUUGCAAUUUCUGUAACUGCAAUACCAACAUUUUCUGCUUUAAUUUUUUCUCGAUUACUGUUUAACCACAUCAUGAACGCACUUUGUGGUCUUUUAGGUUUAUUUGCAUCCUUUUCUUUCCUUUGCUUUCUAGGUUUUCUAGGUUUUUCUGACUAAAUGAGAUAAUACAAGUUAAUAAACUAUAAAUAUCCUAAUAAUAAAUAUCCUAAAAUUAUCUUACGAGUAAAUUCCUUUUCAUAAAUUAUAGAAAUAUUGUAGAUAUAUAUAAAAAAAUCCAAGUAAAAUACUUACCACCGUUUUAGCGGAUUUCGACUUUUUUUCCUUCUUUUCUUUUUUCUCUUUCUUUUGACUUUUUCCUGAAGCAUCCGAUUCAUUUUCACUUUCUGAACUGUUUGGAUUACUGUCAUAUUCUUCUGCCACAUCGCUCUCAUCCUAAAAUAAUAUGAAAAAUAUGUAAAUUUAAAUAUGUAAAUUCUGUUUUUUCAAAAUUCUGAUAAAAUUAUACCUGAUUAGGAUUAAAAUCUUCAUCAGUAGAUUCUUCUUCAGAAUCUUGAUUUUCCUCUGCAUCUCUUUCCUCUGCUUCUGCUUUAACUCUUGCCAAAUAAGCAUCUGGCUCAUCUUCUUGAUCACUGUCUCCAAAGUCAUUGUCAUAAUUCAAUUUGUCCUAUUAUGAUAAUAAAUAAUAUUUUAAUAUAAUUACUUAGGAAAUUAUAAUUACAUUAAUGAUUUAUACUUACACUCUUGCCUCUAUUCUUAACCCGUAAUUUUUUAGAAGUAAUAAAAUCGAAAAGUUUUCCAUAUUCUUCUUUUUCAAUACUACUGAACGUAUGAACAACGCCACUAGUCAAUUCAAUUUCAAAAUCAAACGAUCUGGUAGAGCCGCCACCACGGGCAAAAUUUACCGAUGCAAUUUCUUCAAAACGUAUGUGAAUUGGUGGUUUAUGAACAUAAAUGAAACCUCUUUCUAAAGGAUAUAAAUAACCUGCAGCUGCUUUAAAUGAACAACUAAUCGCAAGCGUCCCAGAAUGACUGAAAAUUAGAAAGUUAGAAAUAAGAAAUGUACUAUAUAUUAAAAUAUUUCUAUGUAAAGACUUACCUAAUGAAAUUUCCAGGUCCAGUAAGUUUUCUAUUAAUAAUAACUUUCAUUACUUUUCCUAAAACUUCGUAAGUUGGCCCAGAUAAUUCUUUUGGUAAUUUAUCUUCAUAUUUUUCUUUUAGUUCUUUUCUGUAAUAAUAAACAUGUAAAUAAUAUAUCUAUAUUUUACUAUAAAAUACUAAUUUACUAUUAAAAAUAUAAUGUUUUGAUACAUACUCAGAAAAAGGUAAUUCAAUUGAAGUCUCUUCUUCUUGAUUGAACAAUAAUACUAAAUAGUGAUAACGAGUUUGACCUUGUUUAAUUGGUGGAUCUAAACUAACCUAAAUAAAAAGCAUUAAUGAUAAUGAUAAAUCAAAUAGUGAUAAAUCAAAUAAUGUAGAAAAUAAAAAUAAUUUUCAGAAUACUUACCACAAAAUACAUUUGUCUGUUAUCUUUAUGUGGUAAAAGGAAUAGUCUUAAAACAGUUGACAUUGGAAUUUUAUAAUCAAAAGUUUUACCAUAUAAUAAUGAAACAAACGGAAUUUCCACCAUUAAAAAAUGAUUUGAUCUUAAAAGCUGCAAAAGGAGAAUCUAUAGAACAAGUCCCAGUGUGGAUAAUGCGUCAAGCUGGAAGAUAUCUUCCAGAGUUUCAAGAAAUCAGAUCAAAACAUGAUUUCUUUUCUGUUUGUCAAACACCGGCUUUAGCUUGUGAAGUUACUUUACAACCUAUAAAACGAUUUGAUCUGGAUGCUAGCAUUAUCUUUUCUGAUAUCUUAGUUAUUCCACAAGCAAUGGGUUUAAUUGUUGAAAUGGUUCCUGGAGUGGGACCAACUUUACCCAAACCUUUGAACGAUCCAACAGAUUUAGUCAGAUUAGUUAAGCCAAAUGUAGAGAAGGAUUUAAAAUAUGUAGGAGAUGCUAUAACUUUAACAAGACACAAAUUGGAAGGAAAAGUACCAGUAAUUGGUUUUACUGGUGCGCCAUGGACAUUAAUGAGCUACAUGAUCCAAGGUGGGGGUAGUUCAACAAUGACAAAGGCACGACAAUGGUUAUAUAAAUAUCCAAAAGAUUCUCACAAACUUUUACAAUUGAUUACAAAUUUGUUACAAGUAUUUGAAAGUCAUAGUGAUUUCCUUAAUGAUGAAUUAUUUGAAAACUACUCAUUUAAAUAUUUGAAGGAAAUUAGCGACAAAGUGAGACAAAGAUUAAAAGAAGAAAAUAUUCCUGAAGUACCAAUGAUCGCUUUUCCUAAAGGUGCAACUAUGAAUUCUUUAGAAAUGUUGGCAAAGUCUAAAACUUAUGAAGUAUUGGGUUUAGAUUGGACUAUCAAUCCUAUCGAAGCAAGAAAAAGAUUUGGUUCUGAAAUUACUUUGCAAGGAAAUUUGGAUCCAUGUGCAUUAUAUGCUUCUGAGGUUCAAGAAAUAAUCGAUCGUGCUCGAGAUAUGGUAAUGAAGUUUGGUAAAUCUCGAUAUAUAGCGAAUUUGGGACAUGGUAUUCUACCAGAUAUACCAAUUACAUCAGUUGUAGCUUUCAUUAAAGGAAUUCAUUCAAAACCAAGAAUGGCAGACAUAGAGGAUACUCACUUUGAGACUGGAGACUCCGGUGCUUCUGUAACAUACCCAAUGCAAUGUUCGGCUCUGCGUAAAAAUGGAUUUGUCAUGCUAAAAUCUCGGCCAUGUAAAAUUGUUGAAAUGUCAACUUCUAAAACAGGAAAACAUGGCCAUGCUAAAGUACAUCUUGUAGGCAUUGAUAUUUUUACUUCAAAAAAAUAUGAGGAUAUUUGUCCGUCAACGCACAACAUGGAUGUGCCAUUUGUUAAGCGGGAAGAUUAUCAGCUAGCAGACAUAUCUGACGAUGGCUACUUAUGCCUGAUGGCUGAUAAUGGUGAACUCCGUGAAGAUUUAAAAAUUCCUGAUGGUGAACUGGGUGCUCAAUUACGUGCUGAUCAUGAGGCUGGAAAAGAGCUUCUUUGCACCGUUUUGAAGGCAUGUGGUGAAGAAGUUGUGAUCGCUAUUAAAACUAACACUGCCAUCGAUAAAUAAUUGUGUUCAGUCCAGACUCCACCAUCACAUUAAAGAAAAAACAAAACACACACAGUUAAUAUAUUAUUAAGAGAAACCUAAGAUACAAUACAAGAUGAUCAAUGGUUAACAUAAGGACUACUACCAACAACAAAUAGAGAAGAAAAGAGUGGAGGGGCACUUGAAUAAAGAGUGAAAAGAAAGGAAAAGAAAUAAUAUGGGAAAGAAAAGAGGCAAACAUAAUUUAAAAAAUUGGGAAGGAAGAGAAAAACAAUGUGCGUGAGCGUGUAAGUGUAAGGGAGGAGAGGAUUACAAAUAAUGAAAUACUUGCAAAAAAUAAAAAAAAACAUAAAAAGAGAAUAAACCAAGAAACAGUAUCAGCUUAGACCUUGGAAAAAAUGAAUGUCUUUGGUGGCUUAAAAUGUUGAGAUUAAAAGGCAGUUUUGACAGUGGAAAAUUUUUAAAGAGGACUACUUCGCUUAAUUUGUGAUUUCUAAAACAUGAUUAGAAUUUUAUUUCUAUUGAAAUUUCAAUUACAUCUCAGUGGUAAUAUAUAAUUUUAUCUGAAACUAUGAUUUUAUUGAAAUUUCAAUAUUUUUAAAAUUCUAACUAUUUAAAAAUUUUGUUCCCUUAUAUUAACCCCUUUUCUCUAUUUUAAUUGAUAUUUUAAUUGAAGUUUCAAUUCCUUUACAAGUUUCAUUAAAUUUUGUGUUAUAUUCAAAUCUCAAUUCUAUACGAACUUAUAGAAUUCCAAUUACACUAGAAUUUUAAUUCUUAUAAUGCCCUAUAUUUGUUUGGGAUUCUGUCUUUUUUUUCUCUCCUUCAUUCAAGUUCGUUAAAUCUUUUUUAUUAAGAUUAUAUGUUUUAGAACAUCCAGCUUAAUUUAGAAUUAAUAUCUUGUUUUGGUUUUGAAUUUUUUUUUUAUAUAAUUAUAAUUCUGUAAUUUUUAUUAGAAUUCCUAUGCCAUUGAAAUAUCGUUAAAAAAAUUCAUGUCUUACUAGAAAUCCUUGAUAUUUGUUAGUUAUCCAAAAUCCUUAUCUGAUAAUAACUUAUUCUUGAAAAUUUUUAAUCUUAUAAUUUUUGUUUGAUUAUAAUUUGAAUACUAAAUAUCUUUAAAUUAAAAAAAAAUAUUUCUAAUUUUGAUUUGAUGAAAUUCACUGCAUCAUAUUUCAGAAUAGUGAAAUUAAAUUUUUUUCAUAGAUCUGAAAGAUUUUUAUUAAUUUUCUAUGAAAGUUAAAGCUUUUAUUUAGAAGCCAUAUUGUAGAAAGAUCGUUUUAUAUUUAACAAUUUUCAAAACUUUGAUAUUCUGAAAUUAGAAUCGAAACUUCAAACUUGGUAAAUAUUGAGCUCUUAAAUCCUAACACAAAAUUUUGGAAUUCAAUUUGAACUUCAAAUUCGUACAUGUAAUUUUAAAGGCAAUUUCAAACUUGAAUUCUGAAAUUUUAAGUUUAUCACUUAAUUUCGAUUUCUGACUUGAAGUUUGAGUUACAAUGUAACUAUUUAAGUUACAUUAAAGGCUCGAUUUCAAAACAGACUAUACCAUGUACGAAAACAUAAAAAGAUUUAAAGACAUAAGAAGAUUUAAAAAAAUAUAAAAAAUGAUUGAUAAGAAACAACUAAGCUACUGUAAUCUAAGCAGACUAAUUUAAGAUUAAGACUACUUAGAUAAAUGAAUUUAAUCGAUAAAAGGAAACUAAAAAAAAAAAAACGAAUCAAUCGGCCUCCUGGUCGUAUUUCAACUACGAGAGACGGAAAUCAUUUUUUUCUGCUUCUCGAUAUUGGGUUUAAUUAAUUAUACACCACUGCUGGUCGAGCCUUUAAAUUCUAAUGAUUUGUACUAAAACUAAUUUUCAAACACACGAUAAGUUAAUAAGAAAAUAAAUCGUUUAAGCACAGAUAUGAAAUAAUAUUUCGAGAAUAUAAAGAUAUCUUUAGUAUAAAAACUCUCAAAUACUUAAGUUAAAUUAUCAAUUGUGUAAUUGAUAAAUAGUUACUAGUAUUUAUGUAGCAAUAAAUAAAAUCUAAAUUAAUAAAAUUAUUGUAAUUAUUUCAGUUUUAAAAUAUUCUUGGAAUAUUAUUCUUUAAUUCUAUUGUGCACGCAUUAAAUUAAUGUGCAGAAUAUUAAAUCGUAAUACAUGUCGGUAUAUAGAUAUUUUCAAAAAAUAACCAGCAUUGGCGUAUAUAGGCAAACAAAUACGUAUACACACGAUACAUAUACAAGUACACACAGUGGUAAAGUAUAUGAAAAUACACAAGUAUAUACGAAAGUACACGAUUAUGAAAUUCAAAACAAAAAAUACAGACGUAAAGUAUAUAAGUAAAUGGAUACCAACGAGCAUUUGUUUAUACGGCGGAAAUCAAUGGAAGAUAAAUGGAUAAAUAAAUGAAAAAAAAGCCGUCGGUGCUUUUGUGUCAACCUUCGAUGAUGUUUUGUUGUUCUUAUAAUAGUACAUUAUUGAAAUUUCGAGUCUUAAUGAUUUUGCUAUUUUUUUACCUUAUUAACUAAUUUAAUAUUAUUCAUUUAAAUUAAUUAAAAUUAUCAAAAUUAAAUUGACAUUUUUAUCAUUUUUUCCUUCACAAUUUCAUAUUCACAUUGUUCAAAAAUUUUUACUCUUAAUAAGUUUCCUCCUGUUACAUAGAUAAUGCAGGUACUAACAAUAAUACUGAUUAUAAAAAUGCAAAUUAAAUUUAAUUAUAUUAAAUAAAUACUUCCAGUUAAAUCAAAAAGUUAUUAACAUUUGUUAGAAUCAAUUAAAAAUUUAUAUGUUAGAAAUCAUUUGCAAUUUUUAUAAAUUCUUUAAAAUUUAAAUUUGAAAUUUAAUGCAAACUUACAUGAAAUUGAGUACUUAGGCAGGAAAUUAGUGAACAACUUGUUAGAAGUUUAUUCGCAAAUAUUCUCUUUAAUAUUCCUACAUUUUCAAACAUUAAUACUCUUAUAUCUCGUAUUAUUAAUAAUUAUUAGUAAUUAAGAAAACAUUACGAGUGCCAUUAUGUGUGUGUGUGUGUGUGUGUG